AUGGUUUCUGGCGACAGCAAAAACGUGCAAACUUUUCGAAAAAGUUUAGAAACCGAUCCGAACAAAUCAACCGGUUUGGCUGCAAUCGAAACUCUUUAUGAUGUGCUGAAAAAUACACGUGCUUCAACCGCUGGCGAAUUUCAAGACGAAUUGGGAAAUGCUGUGAAAGAGAUGUUGACCACUGAUUAUAGUUCAACAUCAAUUCGAAGUGCAACAAAUUUAUUCAGAAAAUUCAUUUCUUUGGCGCCUGUCGAUAUCACGGAGAAAACUGAUUUUUCGGAGAUUCUUGAAUUUUAUCGCAAACGUGGUGUUACAUUUAUCGAAAGAGUUAGCCGUUCAAGAAGUUUGAUAUCGAAAUAUGCAAAGCCGUUUUUCCGAAACAACAUGGUCAGUUGUUUUUUUUUGUUCUAUAAGAAUCAUCAAAACUUUAAUAUUUCAGAAUAUUCUCACACAUUCGUAUAGCAAAGUUGUUCUAUCCGCUCUUCACGAAGCUCAUGAAUGUGGAAUCGAAUUUCACGUUUGGGUUACUGAAUCACAACCCGAUGCAUCUGGAAAACGCAUGCAUGAAGCAUUAAAAUCUCUUGGAAUCGAAACAACUCUUGUUUUGGAUAGUUGUGUUGGUUAUUUGAUGGAAAGAAUGCAAAUGGUUGUAGUUGGAGCUGAAGGAGUUAUGGAAACUGGUGGAAUUAUUAAUAAGGUUUGUCUGAAAUUUUCUUAAAAAACUUGAACAUCUUUAAUUGAAGAUUGGCACCUUAAAUGUCUCGAUCAUCGCCAAAACUUUAAAUGUGCCAGUAUUUGUCAUGGCUGAAAGUAUCAAAUUCGUCGAUGAAUAUCCAUUGAAUCAAGAAGAUAUUCCUGAAACAUUCAAAUAUCGAUCUUCUGUCAUCGCCAAAAAUAAUCUUGCUUCCGAACAUCCAGAAGUCGAUUAUACACCACCACAAUAUCUCAAUCUUCUUAUAACUGAUCUUGGUAUUCUUCCACCAGCUGCUGUUGGAGAGGAAUUAAUAAAAUUGUAUACGUAA